ACGUAAUCACGUCGCAUGACCUCCGCCACUCGCGCGCCGCCCCCGAGUCUCCAUCCGCCGAUAACUAUCCACCUGAACUCCGCUCGGCAUCACCUGUCAGAAACGAAGCACACAGCGCGCGAAGGGCACAGGUUUCCGGACAUGGACGCGUCGACUUCCCCCUCCUCCCUCCAAUGCAGCUACAGUUUUGAAGAUUACAAGAAGACAGCAGACUGGUUGUUAGAACACACAAAGCAGCGUCCUAAAGUGGCCAUCAUCUGUGGGUCAGGUCUGGGCGGUCUGGCUGACCUGCUGGAAGACAAGACUGAGUUCCCAUAUAAGGAUAUACCAAGUUUCCCCACCAGCACUGUUCAAGGCCAUGCAGGUCAGCUGGUGUUCGGGAAGUUGCAGGGCUGCGAGUGCGUCUGCAUGCAAGGACGCUUCCACUUCUACGAGGGCUACAGCAUACACAAGGUGACGUACCCGGUGCGAGUCUUCUUCCUGUUGGGCGUGGAAACUCUGAUUGUCACGAAUGCAGCCGGAGGGCUGAACGCCGCUUUUAACGUGGGAGACAUCAUGCUGAUCAAGGAUCACAUCAACAUGCCGGGCUUUGCGGGGCAGAACCCCCUUUGCGGCCACAACGAUGACAGGUUUGGGGUGCGCUUCCCCUGCAUGUCUGAUGCGUACGACCGAGAUUUAAGGGCUUUGGCCAAGAAAACAGCAAAGGAGCAGGGCUGCGACAGCUUCCUGCAGGAGGGGGUUUACUGCAUGCUGGCUGGACCCACCUAUGAGACCAUUGCAGAGAGCAGAGUCCUGCAAACUCUGGGGGCCGACGCUGUUGGUAUGAGCACCGUCCCAGAAGUGGUGAUAGCUCGUCAUUGUGGCCUGCGGGUCCUGGGUCUGUCCCUCGUCACCAACAAGGUGGUGAUGGACUAUGAGAGCAAGGAAAAGGCAAAUCACGAGGAGGUGCUGAGGACCACCCAGCUCCGGACCAAGGACCUGCAGAGGCUCGUCAGCCAGCUCGUCUGUCAGCUCUCCUCUGGGAAUCACUGAUGCACAAAAGAAAAAACAGAUUUCCUGCACUGCUUUGCUUCCCCCAGGAAUGGGAUUUUCGCAGAUUAGAACAACUUCUGAUUUUCACAGAUUAGAACUAAACUUAAGCACACAAGAUGUUUUUAAAGCUGAUCUCAGUCCUCAAGGUCCGCUGUUCAUCGCGUUAGUGUGAAAUAACACCGACUGCUGUGUUCUGCCGGACACCGGGCCUCGAGGACGGGAUCAGACACCUGUGAGAGUUGCUUUACAAUCUGUUAUAUUUAGCUUUUUAGCACUACUUCUUUGACAGAUGAAUGCAAAAUGUAACAUUUAUAUCCAGUUGUUCUUUGAUUUUGAUGGUACAAAGGUAGAACACGGUCUUUCUUAAACUUUAGUGGGUCAUUUUUCUCCUUACCUUUAAUAUAAAGGGCUAAAAGAGCAAGUUAAACAAAAGUAGAACAAUCAGAGAAUGAACACAACUUUGGACCUAAAGUCAAACUGAUAAAAGAAUCUAUGAAUAUUAUAUUGUUAAAAAGUUCUAUAAUUUUAUUGUGUUAUUUUCUAUGUUAAAAAGUAAUAUAUUAUUCUAUCUUAAUAAUCAUCACAAAUGCAAUAAAACAAGAAGAUUUGUUGUGUUUUUCGCCAAAACAGAUACAAACUUUUAAAGGUUCAACAUUGGUACCGUUGGACCUCGUAGGUCCAAGCAGUUUUAUUUAUCAGACAAGCAUCCAUGUCAGAAAGAUCUGGAAAAAAGUUUUAGUAAUUACUAGAGCGGAGAUCAUCUCAUGUGUUGGCUGCAGACUUUUCCACUCUUUAAAGUUACUAUUUUCCCAUAGAUGACUUUAAAACAUCUUUCUGUGGUGCCUUUAACUGAAAACAGAACAUGCUGGAUUUGUCUGACUACUCAAAAUACAUGUUUUUUUUUUAUUCAAAGAUAUAGCUUGUUCUUGAAAGAUUUUAACUCACUCUUUUCAAAUGGUGCUUACAGGAUUGUUGACGUAACUGCUCUUCACUUUACUUUUUUUUGCUAGUUCGUUACGAUCCAGUUAUUCUACACAUGUUUCAUUUAUGGCACAAGCUCAGUUUCCUUUUUAGUUUUGCACAAAAUCACUUUUAACUGAAACUAUUUUUGUCGAAUGAAGGUUUGAAUAUUCUUAGUGGAGAACAAUAGCCAAAUGAUUAUUUAGAUUUUUAUUAAUGUUUAAAAAAGGAUUUAAACAUCUGAUUGUAUUGAAAAAGAGUUUAGUUUUGACAUUGUAAUCAAUAUAUAUUAAGAGACCAAGACAUUGUAAUAGUACAGAGGCUUAUAAUACCUGGACCUGCAGUUUUUCAAUCUGGUCUGGACUCCUUUGCCAGCUUUCUCUGACCCCCCCCACCCAUUCAUUAAAGUCUGUAGAAUUCCAAGAUCAGCACUCCAACUCUUUGAAGAUUUGUGCCAGGCGGAGCAUCAUGCCACUAAUGGAAGUCUUAAAGGGGAGUUUUACUCCAAACAGUCUGUUUUUAAGUCACUUUUUAGUUUUUGUUGCAUUUUUGUUAAACAUUUGCAAAAAAUAUGAAUGUACAUUACUUAUUUUUUAAGCUCAUUCUGUGUAGUGACUGAGAGAGAAACUUGUAUUCAUGGCAACGGAUGAAAAUAUCAAUAAAAAAAUUGCAGAUGUCA